CCGCCUGCUAGCGGUAGCCUUGUCCUUCCAGUUGCGGCGCUCGGUGACAUUGAGUGUAUCCACGCCACCGCCGCCCCAAGGCGCUGUGCUGGUCGGCGGAGUAGGCGGCCAUGGGAAGCCUCCGCGGCCUGCGCCUCGCGGCGGGAAAUUGGUUUAGGUUAUGUGAAAGAGAUGCUUCCUCAUCUCUAAGGCUUACCAGAAACUCUGAUUUGAAGAGAAUAAAUGGAUUUUGCACCAAACCACAGGAAAGUCCAAAAGCUCCAUCCCAGACUUACAGCCACAGAGUGCCAUUACACAAACCUACGGAUUGGGAGAAGAAGAUCCUGAUAUGGUCAGGUCGCUUCAAAAAGGAAGAUGAGAUCCCAGAGACUGUCUCGUUUGAGAUGCUCGAUGCUGCCAAGAACAAGAUGCGGGUGAAGAUCAGCUAUGUGAUGAUUGCCCUGACAGUGGCUGGGUGCAUCUUGAUGGUUAUUGAGGGCAAGAAGGCCGCCAAAAGACAUGAAUCUUUAACAAGCCUGAACUUAGAAAAGAAAGCUCGUCUGAGAGAGGAAGCAGCUAUGAAGGCCAAAACAGAGUAGCUGAGGUAUCCAUGUUCGCUGGAUUUUGAAAAUCCAGGGAGAGUGUUACAGCAACAAGUCUGCAUUAGAAUGUGGUAUGAGGAUCUGUUUCAUGAAAGUAUGGUUUGUACAAACUUACAGCAUUUCCCUGUUUCUGCUCUAGCGGUACAAAUAAAUUUUCUUAAAGAAA